UGUCGGCUUUGUUGAAAGACCGAAAAGAAGUGUCAAUCAAAUGAGACCACCAGCAUCAGGACCACCUACACACUUUCAUCAAAAUUGAAUACUAACAUACAAAAUAAUAUUUCACAAUUUAAUUUGACUUCUAAAUGAAUAAUUAUUCAAAAUUUAAAAUCCUAACAAUAAAUACAGAAACUAUUUUCAAUUCUCAUAUUUAUAGUCAAAGCAAGGAUAAUGUAAAGACUUUAUUUUACGCAUUUGUUUUCUCAAUAUUUUGCCCUUGGUAGCAUGAAGGCAAUAAAUACAUGAAGGCCUCUCUAUUUAUACCAUUAAAAGCUUUGCACAAAUAUUACUGGAGCAUAAUUACAUUUAACAUAUUUUUCAACAUAUUUUUUCUUGCUAUUUGUUAGCGUUUUAUUGUAUAAUAUUAUUACACGUGUAUACAGUAUGUGUGAAUAUAAUCGCUGUUUGUUAAUAGUCUGUCUAAAGUAUCUACCCACCCAUCUAUCUAUGCAGGAAAAAGGUGAAAAUAUGUAUUUAACAUUCUAAUUCAUGAAGUUGAGGAAAUCACACCUAAAUUAAAGCAACAACCAUAACGGGGCUAUUGAAAACGAAAGUUAAAUGUGCAGUGGAUUUGGACAUCAUUUGGAUCAGCUGGUAAAGCGUUGGCCUCGCAGUUCCAAGGACCCUGGUCCGAUCCCGGCCACGCCUGUGUGACGUUUGCACGUUCUCCCCAUGCCUGCGUGAGUUUUCUCCGGGUGGGCACUCCGGUUUCCUCCCACAUCCCAAAAACAUGCAACAUUAAUUGGACGCUCUAAAAUUGCCCGUAGGUGUGAUUGCGAGAGCGACUGUUUGUCUCUAUGUGCCCUGCGAUUGGCUGGCGGCCAGUCCAGGGCGUACCCCGCCUCCUGCCCAUUGACAGCUGGAAUAGACUCCAGCACUCCCUGCGACCCUUGUGAGGAUAAGCAGCAAAGAACAUUGAUGGAUGGAUGGGUCAGCUUCCCUUGUGACAUGCAUGAUUAUUGAGCUGGUGAACCUGGAGGGACGGUUGGGGGGGGGGUUCAUUUUUUUUCUUUGUUUUUUUAUGAGAGGCCAAAACUGAAAUAUUCUUCACAUGGGCCCCAAAUUCCUGGUGGGACUCCAUCUUGCACUAACAACAAUAAACAACCUGAGGUUGCAAAGUCAUGAGAAAAAGACUAUAUAUAAUUUGGGGGGGGGGGGCUAAUGGGAGGUUCUUCAUCCCCUUGUGUCAUAAGAGCUUAUUGUGCUGAUGUAACGCGUUUGUUUCUCAGUCAAAGUCAAACAAACAAAUACCCACUCUGUCCCUUUUCCUGGUCUGGUUUAACGCUUCAAAACCGCAGACCUCCCAUGAACAAAGCAUGACAAUUCAAUCCUAGUUGGAUUUUCCACCUUUGUGAUAUUAUAAUGGCGCACACCAGCUCCACGCUAGACUUGUAGAAACUUGUUUUUUUUUUUUCUUUCUCGAGUGAGACGUCAAUCAUCUACACACGAUCUUUGCCCCGAACGUGUUCCCCUGACAGCGUGAAACGACACCCGCGCACACAAGCGCAUGUCGGCUGACGGAGGCGCGCUCGGUCUCUCGUGGUGGCAGCUACGAAACGUCACUAAAUUAUGGAUAAUCGGUGCAUCGUGUUGCUGUCAGACCUUCACCACAAGCACGGGCAGAUCACGGUGACGCUUUAUCGGGAUUUCCUGGUGUGGAAGGACAUUGGGAAGAACUGGAAGAGAACUUCUAGCAACACUUCCCCAACAGCACACGGCCAUGCCGUUCACGUGCGAGAAAUCGUGGCCGUGCACAUGACGGACACGAGCAGCCAGACGAAGGCGACUAAACACCUCCUGCUCAAUCCGCACGCAUUUACAGUUUUUUACGUGAGGAGGAUGACGCAGCAUCAGUGGCAAUGCAGCCACGAAACCUUUUACUCCGACAGUCUGGGACUUUGCCAGCAGUGGAUUCAAACCAUCAAUGAGCAACUGUCAACGCAAACCAAUCGGCCCAAGAGCCUGCUGGUCUACAUCAACCCCUACGGCGGGAAGCGGCAGGGGAAGCACGUUUACGAUCAGAAGGUGGCGCCACUGUUUUCCCGAGCUUGCAUCGCCACCGACGUGAUCGUUACAGAACGAGCCAAUCACGCCAGGGAUCACUUGAAAACAGAAGCAAAUCUCGAUAAAUAUGAUGGAGUGGUGUGCGUGGGCGGGGACGGGAUGUUCAGCGAAAUCCUGCACGGUCUGGUCAGCAGGACCCAAUCCGAGCACGGCAUAGACCCGAACCGACCCGACGCCCAUUUGACGCCGUGUUCCCUCCGCAUCGGGAUCAUCCCUGCAGGCUCCACUGAUUGUAUCUGCUUUGCUACCGUGGGAACCAACGAUCCGGUUACAUCCGCCUUGCACAUCAUUGUAGGCGACUCGCAACCCAUGGACGUGUGCUCAGUGCACCACAAUGACACUUUCCUCAGAUAUUCCGUGUCGUUGUUGGGUUACGGGUUCUACGCCGACAUCCAGACCCACAGCGAGAGGCAGCGGUGGCUGGGCCCGGCUCGCUACGACCUGUCAGGAGUAAAGACCUUUCUGAGUCACAACUAUUAUGAAGGCACCGUCUCGUUUGUUCCGGCCGACGACAAUGUGGGAAACCCUCGGGACAAGGAGCAGUGUCGGGCUGGGUGCCGCGUCUGCCAGCGCAAGACCUCGUUACAGCAGCCGCUCGACGGCAAACCCUCGCACACAGGCUAUGACACUUGGACCGAGAUACGCGGAAAAUUCAUCGCCAUCAACGCCGCCAACAUGAGCUGCGCUUGUCCCCGCAGUCCCCAGGGCCUGUCGCCCUCCGCCCACCUGGCCGACGGCACCGCCGACCUCAUCCUGGUGCGCAAGUGCUCCCGCUUGGACUUCUUCAAACACCUCCUUCGGCACACCAACAAGGAAGACCAGUUCGACCACUCGUUUGUGGAGGUCCACCGGGUGCGCAAGUUCCGCUUCCAGCCUCGCCACAAUGAGCCGCUCUCGCUGGAAGACCUGAGUGAGCCCCAUCCGAAAGCGGACCUGAGUCCCAUUUGCGCCAGGUGCCACUACGCCACCUGCACCUGCAGCCGCUGGACGUGUGACGGCGAGAUCCUGCCCCACGCCGCCAUCCAAGUCAGUGUCCAAUGCCAGCUGAUCACACUGUUUGCCCGAGGGAUCGAGGAGAUGAACCAGAACCAGAGUCCGCUGUGGCUUCUGGAAGCGGGAGCACACCAACCUGUGGACUGAAAGCCGGGCGGGACGGAACUCUUAUCUGGUCCAGGCCUCAAGGAGCCACAAGAGAUGAUGCAGAUCCAUUUGGAAGAUUUGCUGACGCUUUAAUGCUAAUUUUUUAGGCAAUUCGAAGACUUUCCCCACCCUCCGGCCCAUCUGUGACCCGGCCGAGACCAGAUGUGAGUCAGGGAGACCUUUUGAAAAGAUCCCAUCGAAUACACGAACAGGACCCAGAUGAUGUAGUACGGGUAAUAAGGCAAAGUGGUUGCUAAGUGGUGCGGUGUGUCUCAGCACUGCUGCCACACACCUGAGGCUCCGCUUUGGCUACGAGCGAACCGCUCGCCCGGCGCAGAUUAGCCCGAAUUAGAUAUUUUUCCAUCAUUCGAGACUUUUUGCUCAGAUGAGCUCUGAUGUCAAGCCGGUCUUGAUGUCUCUGAAAAAAGGUCGCACAAGAUUUGAGACUCGUUUUUUUUUUUUUUUUUUUAAGGCAGGGAUAUUAUUUAUGCUACUCCAUCUUCAGCCUGGAUAAUCACAUGACGCUGGUCCCUCAACCAAUCAGAGGAGGUCAGAGUCUGGCUCCAUUUCAAGGUUCUAAACGGGGUUAAAAAUGAGUUCUUUUGGUUUUGGGCAAUGGAAAUGAAGUGUUCUACCUUGUGGUCCACUGACUCCUAUUCUAGAAGCUUCCAAUCAGAAUGAAUGAGCGCCACGUUCUGCAUUCAGUUCAAGGUUCUUCGGACCAAAUCAACAGACAGCAGCGUGUCGAGCUCCACCCUUUAGGUUCCUUAGUGCGGUUGGACCCACAAUGAAAGUGCUGUGAGUGCGGUAGAUAUUUGCUAUUUUGCUUUGAAAAUGGAAAUGUAAUAAUAUUAAAAAAAAGUUGACUAUCCAUCAGCUAUUGCAGAGGUUUUCC